AUUUGCCACAUAUCGAGACUGAGAAGUAGAUCUGCGCAGAUCCUGAGAGCAUCCUGUUUCUGUUUGACAUGAUGGCGACGAGACUGCUUCUGUUUCUCUGUCUGACGGGACAUGUGUUUGCCAAAGAACCGCCUGAUGUGGAUUGUUUAGUGUUGCAUCUGAAAUAUAUUCACUGUUCCUGGAAUAAGAACCGGACUCCAGAGGUCAAUUACACCUUCUAUAGCUGGUUCAACAAACCACCCAGAGAGUGCCCCAGCUAUCUUUCAGAGAACAGCAUAAACACUGGAUGCAAACAGCCCUAUUUACAAAACGGGGAUAGGUUCAACGACUUUUACACCAAACUGGUACAUGGAAACGACAGUUAUGAAAAGAAACAUGCUCUCAAACAGAGAGUCAAGUUCAAUCCUCCCUACAACGUGACUGUCCGGUAUGGAUUGGACUCGAACCUGUGGCUCAACUGGACCCAGAUUUCUCAUUGUGUGGAGAGUCAAGUUCGCUACAGGAUCAACAGCAAGGCGUGGAUGACGUAUCCAGUGAGGGCUGGGAUUCAGAAUUACUGCAUCAACUUGCCCUCCAGUGCCUUGUAUGAGCUGCAGGUGCAGAGCAAAUUGGACAACUACUGUGGAGGCAGUCAAAACUCUUUCUGGAGCGACUGGAGUGAGCCUGUGUUCUGGGGCUCCAAAAACAGCAGCACGGACACUCCUCACAUGAACAGCUCGAUGUCUGUGUGGACUCCAGUGAUGUAUGGGUUGGGUGCUUUCAUCCUCAUCCUACUGGUCAUGAUGUUGCUACACCAUGAAAGAAUCAGAAUCAUCUUGAUCCCUGUGGUCCCCAAGCCAUCCUUACCUCCUAAUGUCGAGGAUUGGUUUCAGUUCCCCAAGGGCCUGAAAGAGAGUUUUAAGGACAAUGAGCGUCCCUGUCCUGUCCGUGAGUACUGCCAUGUCCCUGAGUCUGACUGCGAGAGCUCUGACUGCUCCACCUGCUCCGGCACCACCGACCAAACUGACUGCUCCGUCUCCAUCCCUGUGAACGAAUGUGACCUGCCUACUCCCUGUUCCUCUUCCACCUCCACAGUCUCACCUGAGGAGGAGAAGCAGGAUUCUGUUUAGGAGGCAUGUCAGUCAGGGUUGUGUUUCUUAAAACGUUAUAAUUCUGAUUGUAUUUUACUGACACAAAAUGGAAAUCAUGAUUUCCCUGAUGAACAGAGAUCAGUUUGAAGCCCAUAUAAUCAACUGGUCCAUUAAAGGUAUACAUGUUUAAGAAUACCAAAAACCUGAUGCAGUAGUUACAUAUAUAAAAAAACAUUUCAAAUUCAGUCACUCAUUCUUUUAGUUUAUUUGAUCAAAAUGAAAAACUCUGAACCACUUAAUUGAUAAUAUUACUUUGCAGUAAGUGCAGUAAGUAACUCAGUGCCAAAGUUUACUGUAUUACAACGUUUUCUCUUUCUCUGUCAGUGGUCUGUAUAUUCUGCCCCAGGAGAACAGAUUGAAGUUCCUAUCAGAAAAAAGGAUAUUUAAACUUCCACUUCCUCUCAUACCUUACAACGACUGAUUUAAAGGUAGGGUAG